ACGCUCUACUUGAUUGGAAUGAAUCUGUGACAGUCGAGCAUACAACACGAUACAUUGUUAUCUGGAUAUGUACUAAGGUAAAGGCCUGAACAUUAGUGUUCAUUCAGAAACUUUGGUAAUGUCCCUAUUUACGCUCCUUGGGACUGGAACUGGAUUGGGCCAUGUGCGAGGGUGUUACGGUAAAGACAUAAGGAACAUGUCGGGGAUUUUUCGUUCUCUAUUAACUUUGUGUCUGACGUUUGUGUCGUCUUGUAUCGCACUCAACACCCAGCUAGUCGUUUCAAACGCCAAGAUUGCCCCGGACGGUUUUGCACAUGACGCUAUCGUGGUCAAUGGUGAUUACCCUGGACCAGUCCUCACAGCAGUGAAGGGCGAGCGCUUUCAAAUCAAGGUCAAGAGUGUGUUGGUGGAUGAAUCGAUGAACAAGAGUACAACCGUUCAUUGGCAUGGAAUCAAGCAACGCUCAUCAAACGAGAUGGACGGAACUGCUAUGGUGACCCAAUGUCCUAUAGCGUCUGGGCAUUCUUUCAUGUACGACUUCACGCCAGCCGACCAGAGCGGGUCAUUUUGGUAUCAUUCACAUUACACACUCCAGUACUGUGAAGGUUUAAGAGGACCCGUCGUCAUUUAUGACCCGCUAGAUCCCUACUUGGACAUGUAUGACGUUGACGACACAUCCACUAUUCUCACUAUCUCAGAUUGGUAUCACGUGAACGCCUACGAUAUCACCGGAACUGACAAUCCCGAUGCGAUACUCAUCAAUGGCCGCGGCCGCUAUGAAGGCGGACCUCCGGUACCUCUUUCUGUUCUCAGUGUUAUGCAGGGAAAACGCUACCGUAUUCGAUUGAUGAAUAUGGCGUGCAAACCUAGCUUCGUUUUCUCGAUUGACAGCCACACGUUUACUGUCAUUGAAGCGGACAGUGAAAACACGUUACCUCUGGCCGUUGACUCGGUUCCAAUCUUGGUUGGGCAACGAUACUCUUUAAUCCUGAAUGCAAAUCAGACGGUUGACAACUACUGGAUUCGGACAAACCCCAAUUAUAACACGACCUUUGCAGGAGGUCUAAAUUCCGCGAUCCUUAGAUAUGAAGGAGCUCCACGGCGGGACCCCAUACACAGAAAUUGGACUAUAAGUAACCCUUUGUCUGAAUCGAACUUGCGCGCUCUAGAAAGUCCUACAGCCCCUGGUCUUCCAGAGGCCGGUGGCGUAGACGUUUCGUUGAAUCUAGUCAGCGUGUGGGACGACAAUAUCGGGAGAUUUCUCAUCAAUGGAUAUAGCUAUACCUCGCCGACCACUCCCAUUUUAUUGCAACUUUUAACCGGACAGUUGACUGCCUCUCAGUUGCAGCCCUACGGGUCAGUUUACACCUUGCCGCCUAACAAAACAAUCGAGCUGUCUGUACCAGGCGGACAGCCCGAGGAAUAUCAUCCUUUCCACUUGCAUGGUCACUCCUUCUCCGUUGUAAGAAGCGCUGGAAGCAAUCUAUACAACUACUACAAUCCUGUGCGGCGAGAUACAACAAGCAAUGGUGUUGGAGGCGACAAUGUAACAAUCCGCUUUAGAACCGAUAACUCCGGACCAUGGUUAUUCCACUGCCACAUUGACUGGCACCUUGAGCUGGGUAUGGCUGUGGUGUUCGCACAAGACGCCGGUGAUACUUCUUUGGGCACAUCAGGUGCAUGGAAUCAGCUGUGUCCGAUCUAUGAUGAGUUGCCAUCAAUAAUUCGGAACGGGAGCGAAUCGUGAGCACUAUCACGAAGGCGGUAUGAAACACGAAAUUCCGGGUGAUUUGGAAAGCAUUUAACAGAUAUCCUAACUUUUACAUUCUACUAGGACUGUCUGUUGCCAGCGUGUCGCGUACACUAUGUUUUCGUAUUCUUCUCCAACCUUUACAUUUUCUUCUUUAUCGUUAUCCUAUAAUAGAUAGACCUUGCAGUGGCAAGUUAGUCUGUAUGUAUUUGUGGCAUAAA